CGCUGAUUUAAUCAAUGGCGAUUCUCCCCUUUCCCCGUUCUACGAACCGUCCUUGACUCAGUUCCAGCGAGUUAGAAACUCACUGAGUCACUCACUCUUACGUCAUCGUUCAAUUAGGUCGAACGAUUCGAAAUCGUUUGCGAUGACGUCACCGCCUGAGUCAUACGUCACCCCAACUGCAGGAUACUACCUGAUGAAAAUCAAGGUGGGGGGCCCACCGGUUGAGGUGUACGGAAUUGCUGACACGGGCAGCGAUCUGACGUGGACGCAGUGCGCCCCCUGCUACGACUGCUUCAAGCAGAAACCCCCAAUCUUCGAUCCCAAGAAGAGCGCAACGUACGGCGCCGUUUCGUGCAAGUCGGAGCGGUGCACAACCCUCCGGUUCGAGAAUCCGUUCUGCGACAACUCGACGAACAACUGUCGCUACGAGAUCUACUACGGCGGCGGCGACGGGGCCCACAGCUACGGCGACCUGGGGACCGACACGUUCACGUUCGAUCGGGACGUGUCGUUCCCCAAGGUCGCCUUCGGCUGCGGGCACGACAACUCCGGAGAGAAGUCGGGAAUCUUCUCCGGAAUUGUCGGCCUCGGCGGCGGGCCGGUCUCGAUUAUCCGGCAAUUGAAGACAUACUAUUCGAUCGACGCCAAAGUCUCCUACUGUUUGCCUUCAUGCGAUUCCAAUGCCGCCGGCAAGAUAAAUUUCGGAUCGAACGCGGUCGUUUCGGGGCCCGGUUUGAAGUCGACUCCCUUAGUGAAAAGAUCGUACGACACGUUCCACUACGUGACUUUGGAGGGUUUCAGCAUUGGUAACAAAAAGUUGGAUUACUCGAAAAAAGCUAUUGUGAAAGAAGGGAAUAUAUUCAUCGACACCGGAAGUAAGUUCACGUUUUUGUCGAACGAUUUUUAUUCCGAAUUUAUAUCCGCGUUGACGAAAGCAGUUGAGGGUAGUCGAAAGGCGGAUCAGCGUGGGGAUUUUAAAGUAUGCUACGAAAAGCCGAAGAUUGGGAAAUUUAAUACUCCGGCAAUAACGGCGCAUUUCGGAGGGGGUGUUGACUUGGUCUUGUCGCCGGAGGGUACGUUUGUCGAGGUGGAUGAAGGGGUUGUUUGCUUGACUUUCUUGCCUAGUGAUUCUAAGGAUUUUUUGGUUUUUGGGAAUUUGCAGCAGUUGAAUUAUUUGAUUGGGAUUGAUCUUGAGAAUAAUAAGGUUGAUUUCUUGCCAACUACUAGUGAUUGCAAAAUCCCAAGUUAGUUGUAAUUCAAUGAGAUUAU